CUUGUGACGUCUUUACAUAAAGUGGUGGAAUGUGACUGAGCUUGCGGGGUUAGAUUGUACAUAAGGGGAAAUCCGGUAAAUGCCAUUGUACUAUAUGCUACCGGAACAAAUUUUAUGAAAGUUGUAGUUUGCUAAGGUUUCGCCGUGUAAAAUGAGUGAGGUUUUGGAUGCUGUCCAGGAUUUGACAUUAGUUGAUCCUUUAUUUCAGAAUGUCAAGUUUUAUGUUAGCGGGAAAGCACACGAAAAGGUUUUAAAUAUUCUUCAAGAUGGAGGAGGGGAACGAAUGAAUUACUUCUCUGACUUUGUAACACAUUGUGUUAUUGGAGAUGAUGCAUCUGAAAGUGACAUUUGUGAUGCUAAGGAGUUGUAUGAAGUCCCAGCAGUUACUCAGAAAUGGGUGUUGUAUUCUGUGAAGUGUAAAAAAUUGUUACCUACUAAAGGUUUCUUGCCUGACAGUGAUCAGCUUUUUUCAGGGAUAGUUGCAUGUCUUUCACAAACCAGCAAAGUUGAUUCCAAAGCAUUAUGGGCUAUGAUAACAUUCAGUGGUGGACAAUGCCAAUUGAACCUGAACAAGCGGUGCACACAUUUGAUAAUUACAAAACCAGAAGGAGCAAAGUAUGAGGAAGCAAUGCGUCACGAAGGAACCCUUCGUAUUGUGACUCCAGACUGGGUUGUAGAUAGUGUGCGGAGCCGAGGGAGGUGCGAGGAAGGUCUCUAUCAUCCGUGUCUGCUGAUUCUACCAAAACCUCAUUCUCCUACCCCUCCGCCUGUUCUUCCUUCACAGUCAUUUCUGUCACGAUCUUUUGGAUCCAUAGGUGAUAAAUCAGGGAGCAGUGACAGCAACAGUCUGCUUUCAACAGCUCAGAUCCUUGGAUUUGCAGACGAAGUGUUUGAUAGCAAGGAUUUGGGUGGUGGUGAUGGUGGAGUUGGUGGGCAGUCUGGUAGCAAGGCUUCUCUUCUGGAACAGUUGAAGCAGAGGAUGCCGUGGAAUCAACCCCAGCCUGCAACACACCAGAAACAAAUUUUGACAACAAUGCAUCACCAGCAGGUUUUGCAGCAGCAGAAGGACCAGCAGUUACAGCAACAGUUGCAGCAGUUUCAGUCUAUUCAACAACAGCAGCAACAACAGCGAAUGGCUGCAUCAUCAGCAGGGUUAAAUCCAGCCGCAAUGCAGCAGCAAACAUUGUCUUCCUUGCAGGUGUCUGCUGGAGGGGGGCAACUGCUGCAACAACAAAUUCUUUCUUCAUCUCCAGCAAGCAGUAAUGUGGUGAUGACAGGUCAAGGUGCUAUGUUGCAACAUCAGAGGGCAAUGCAAGUGGUUCAGCAACAUAGAAACAUGCAAGUGGUGCAAGAUGGUACUCAGGUGCAGGUGAUGCAUCAGCAGAGAGUCAUUCAGCAGACAUCACCCCAUCCACAGCAACAGCAGAUACAAGUGCAGCAAGGUCCUCCUUGGAGACAGGCUAUACCGCAACAGCAGCUGCCACCACAAAUUCAAGUACAGAAGCAACAGUUUGUAUUACGAGAAGGUCAGCCACAAGUACAGCAACAGCUCAGUCAGCAGCCUCAAACACAGCAGUAUACUGUCACUGUACAGCGUGAGGUAGCUGCUGGUGCAGGUAGUCAGCUGACAUGGCAGCAACAGCAGCAGUACCACCUUCAACAACAACAGAGACAGCAGUUACAGCAGCAACAAGGACAGCCACAGCCAACACCACCACCACUGCAACGUCAGAUCGCAUGGACUCAGCAACCACAAGCUCAGGGUCCACCACGGCAGCUUAUACAUUUGGACCCCCAGACCCAUGCACAAUUGCAGCAGAUGGAUCCACAGCAGAGGGCCCUUUUCAUUCAGAAGAUUCAUAAGCAACGGCAAAUAAUUCUGCAGAGACAGUUACAAGUACAAAGGCAAGCACAGGCACAACAGCAGGGUUUAACACAGGGGAUGCCUCGCCAGCAACUGAUACAGCAGCCACAGCCGCAGGUUCUUAUUCGAGGUCAGCUCCCUGCUGGCCUGACCCCUCAGCAACAGCUCCAGUGGCUGCAGCAGCAUCAACAGAGACAGCUUCAGGGACAGACUGUUGUGUUAAACCAGCAGCAGCAGCAGCAACAACAACAACAACAACAGCAACAACAACAACAACAGCUGCUCCAGCAGAAUCCUCAGCUUCGCCAACAGCAGGUUUUAGUACAGCAAGAGCAGCAGAGUCCGCUUCGCCAGCAGCAGUUGAUAGUUGCAGGGCAGAAUCCCAUAGCACAGCAGCAACAGCCUCCGCUGCCCUCCGGCACUACGCCUGGAAUCAUGCAGAACCCACAGCAACUUCAGACAACAGCUGCUGCUGGCACUUGGAUACCUCAGCAGGCUGAGAAUGCUGGUUCGGUUCAACAAACUCAAGCUAACCAACAGCAGCAGCUAGCACAGCUGCAGUUACAGAGGCAGCAUCAGAUACAACGUCUUCAGCAGCUUCAGUUGCAGAGGGAAGCAGCAGCAGCUGCACAGAAGCAACAACAACAACAGGUUGUUGUGUCUGGUCAGCGAAUACAGGUCCAGCAGACACAACAACCCCAAUCACAGCCAGUGCUUCAAGGGCAGAUACAGUAUUCUGCACAGGUUGCAGUACAGCAACAAAUGGUGCAAGGCCCAAUGCAGUCUCCACUCCAGCAGCAGCAGCAGCAGCAGCAGCAACAACAACAACAACAACAACAACAACAGCAGCAGCAGCAGCAGCAACAACAGCAACAUCAACAACAACAGCAGCAGCAGCAGCAGCAGCAACAACAACCGCAACAACAACCGCAACAACAGCCACCGCAACCACCACCACCAACACUGCAGCCACAGUCAACAGAUGAGGUUACACACCAAGAACACUUUCAAGAUUUAAAGACUGGAGUUAAUCAACAAGCUCAGCAACCGCAACAGCCUCUUGUGGUCAACCCAAAAACUAAAACAGCUCUAGCAAACAUGCUUAGCAUUCGACUGCAGAGUGGAACUACAGGAACACCUCACUUGUCUCCACAGCAGCCAGGAGCUCAGGGUCCUGUUUUGGUUGGUCAGCCAUCAACUUCACAGGAGGGCAGUGCUGCAGGUCAGUUAAGAUUAAUGACAGCUCAGCAUCAUGCUCAGCAACACCAGCCGCCACCUGGCAUCAUUCAGUCACCAGUUCGACCUGUUGCCACAACACACAUUCCACCUGAUCAGCUUCUCACUUAUCAGCAGCAACAGAGACGUACUCUGGGCAACAUUACAAAUGCUACAGGCUCUGCCAGUAGUGGGGGCUCUCCAGUUCGCCCUCCUGGCAUGGUGGUAGCUAAUUCAGGGGUACCGCCAGUAGGGGUAGUAGUAGGAGCGCCUGGUGUAGGAGUAGCUGUCGCCAAGUCUCCUUACAAUCAGACUGCUGCAACGGCUGCCAGAGUAGCUGCAGCAUUAGCAAAAUCAGCACAGAGCAUUGGACAGGUUCAACAGCAACCAAGGGCACAAUUCUAUGGGCAUAACCCCAACUUGAAGUCUGCUCAUAUAACAGACGAUAUCAGGAGACUAGAUCUGCCAGAAACAAAGGUGUAUACAAGCUGUGAAUCAGUGCCACCAGACCUUUUUCUAUUGGGUUGCAUCUUUCUGAUUGUGGAUUAUGACUGCAGUAUGCCUGAUGAAGUAAUGAUGUGGAAACGCAUCAUUGUUUCCAGUGGUGGUGAGGUUGAUACAGUUUAUGCACCUCGAGUAACACAUGUUCUGUGUGAGACACAAAAGUCCGCAAUUGUCCAGCGGGCACUCAGAGAAGGAAAGCGUUGUGUAUCAGCAUACUGGCUGAAUGACGUAGUUCUGAAACAACAGGUGCUUCCACCAUGGCAGGCACUUCACUUUCCUACAGCUUUCAGUGAUGAUAAGCCAUGUAAGAAUCACAUCAUUGCAUUCUCUGGCUUCGAAGGAGAAGAAAGGGCCCGAGUACGAUUCAUGAUUGAAGCAAUUGGAGCAAAGUGUACCAAUUACUUCACAAAACACAAUCAUGUACUGGUGUGCCGCAGGCUUGAAGGUGCGAAGUACAAGAAGGCACGUGAAUGGAACAGACCAGUUGUGAAUGCCCAGUGGCUGAAUGAUAUUUUGUUUGGACAUUACUCUUGCAUUCAGCAACCAGAUAUGCCAAAGUUCCAGCAGUUUAAUUUGGGCAACCCAUUUCGUAUUGAGUAUGCCCUGAUUCCACACCUUAUGGCGGCAUGGAAGAUGCCAAUCAACAUAACUCAAGAGUCUUACGAUAAAAUUAAAACAAUCCCACCAGCUCAGCGACGUGUAAAACGACCACGUCUUGACAAAUCUGCCACUUCUGCUGGAGACUCAGACCAAGAGAACAUGCUUGAAAAUGUGGAAGUAACAAAUCCUGACCCACCUUCAGAAGACAAGAGGCCAAUGGUUUUAUUUUCUCAUGUUACAAAGCAAUCAGAAUUAGCCAAGAAAGUUAAGCAGUUGGGUGGUGCAGUAGUGGAUUCACACAAGGAAGCAACACACUUGGUAAUGGAACAGGCUGUUCGAACUGUCAAGCUCCUGUGCUGUCUCUCCACAUGCAAGUACCUUGUAUCUGAAGCAUGGGUCAGAGACAGUCAUGCCCAGAAUAAGUUUCUAGAUGAAAAACUAUACAUCUUGAAUGAUCCUGAGUUUGAAAAGGAGUUUGGCUGCCACAUAGCUAAGGUUCUGGAAAAGCCUAAUAGGAAUGAUUUAUUUAAGGGUAAGAUAUUCUACAUGACACCAGGUGUAAUGCCUAGCCCAUCAGUUUUAGCAGAUAUCAUCGAAUGUGCUGGUGGUAAGGUAGAAAAACAUAGACGUUCGCUGAAAGCAAUUCAAGAUGCAAACCAGAAAGAAUACAAUUAUUUUGUAAUCACAGUUGGAAAUGACCUUCAUCUUCUUAGGGACCUGAUAAAAUAUGAAAUUGGUGUGUUCAAUGCAGAGUUUGUAAUGAGUUCAGUGAUGAGACAAGAAAUUAAUUAUGGAGCAAAGACAGCUUAGUGAAUGGAAUACAGAGUAUAUAUAAACCUCCUACCUUUAAUACAAAACUACAUUAAAUUUGUGAUACUUUUUUUGCAUAUCAAUAAAAUUGAAAUGAUGUUAUUGAAGUGAAUGUUAUUACAAUGUAGUAAUGGUAGCUUAAGAAAUUAUAAUAUUAGUUUUAUGUUAGCGUUUGAAUAUAGGUGUGAUGUGUCACUGACUGAAGAACAAAAGAAUGUCCUGAAGAAGUAGAUGCUUAUAGGAUUAAACUAAUACAGUGCUGUGUUACAAGGUUUGUAUGUAACUAACUCGGUGAGUAGUUCUCUCUUUGAGAAAGUUGUUCAUUGAGCUAAUUUAGAGUAGCUGCCUGAUUUUACCUCUUUGGUAUAUAAACCUUUCUGAAAUUAAUUCCAGUGGUGUUAAUGUUUUUGGUUUUAUGCUCCAUUUUGUUUCAAGUAUAUACAAGUUCCUAGCUUUGGCUCGCUAGAUUCCUUGACUUUUUAAGGUCAGAGGUCUGUUAGGGGUAUCAGAGGGCCAGCCAAGACCCUGGCCCCUCAUUUGUUACUGCCUGUUCUCAGUCUGGCAAGCAUGGCCAAGACUUUGGGAGAUGCCUGCAUCACACUCUGCAUUAGGUAUUCAUGCAGAAGUCACUGAAUGGGAAAUCCCAUUCCAUUUACACGGUCUUUGAAUAGUAGUCUGCAAAUGUGAAAGGUUCCUGAUCUGCCAUGUUCAGUUUGCUGUGUCUGAUUAACAACAUUUCCAUAUUAGAGUGUACUAGCAUACUGUUUGUGAGCUCUACUAUAUCAUAUAAUAUGUCAGCAUCUCAUGAGACACAUCCCUGCCUAAUGAUGCAGCACUGUAAGAGGACGGUGCAAAUGUGGAUAUGACUCGGGCAUCAUCCUGAUCCUGCAUACAUGCCAAUUUUGUCAAAUGGAUCAAAUUUUGUGACCACUUAUGUCUAUAACAAAGAGUCUUGGCAAAAGUGCAAAGGACUUUGGAUUCUGAAUGUAAUCCACAGUAUUCACCUGGAAGGAAUGUACUUAUUUUGUAACACUGUUUAUAUAAAAUAUAAAAAAUGCCUCUGUUUUUAAGAAACUUUUCUUCUGGAAGUGGCAGUUCAAGCUAUGUCAUUGCUCAGAGAUUUGGCUGAUGUUUUUGUGCACAAAAAAACCAGGCUUUCUUGAGUUAUCACCUGUGGCAUAUAUUUUAAGUAUAUAAGGUAAUGAUCAAUUGCACAUUUUCUAUUGCAUGAAAAAAAUCAACUAUAUGAUAUUUAACCUAUUGAUGCAUUUUUUCUUAUUCAUAUUUUGAAUAAAGAGGAGAGAGCACUUAUAAGGGUAUAAACAGAUAAAAAUGGACAUUUUGUGCUUUCUACCUGACUGCUUUUUUUUUUCUCUUUUCCAUUGUCAGCUGUUUUACGACAAUCCAUUUCAUGCCCCCUUUCUGUAUGCCUGUACUCUGGCAACUGGUGUAUUAUUCUUUAAAUUUGUUUACCAAGCCAUGUACUUUUAUUUCCUUUAAUAAUUUUAUGUUUAUAGAGUUUUAUUACCUUGUUAGUGUAAUAUCUAUAAGACUUUAAUUAACUGUACUUCACUGCAGAGUGACUGAAGUCAAAAUCUUCUGUGAUGGCAAACAUGCCCUACACAUUAAGCAUCAAACUGAUGUAGCAUAUGUAAUUUUUAUUUUAUGUAUGAUAAAACAGGCUCCAAGAGAACAACAUUUUUAAUUGAUUAAUGUGGAAUGUUCCCCUUUUUCUUAUCUUUUAAGAAUGUAAUUAUGUAAUAAAAUUCAGUUUAAUAAAAGUUCUGUUUCAACAAAAA